CGCACGUACCAACUCUUCCGUUUGCUGGUGCGCUUCGUCUGCUUUCUUCGUCCCUUCUCCAUGGCCAUAGCGUCAUCGGUGCAGGUACUGCAUCUAGCUCGAGGGCUAUCGUAUCCCGCGCGCUGUUCACCUCUCCUCGCUUCUUCCCAACACCGCGCCCCAUGUCUAGCUUCACCGGGCACCUAGGCUUUCUGUCUUUGAGCGGCGCACCGUGGGGCGAGGCCUGACCACGACGGUCUGUUGCUGAUGCUGCUGGCCGGAAGGCGUGGUGUUACUCGUUAGCACUGGCGAGGACCGGAUGCUGCUGGCCGAGCGGCGUCGUACGAGUCAGGGAGUGGCAUGUGGACGCAGCGCUCUAGGCUGAGGAGCUACUUCUUCCUGCACACCACCUGUUUGAAAAUUUGUCAAGCUUCCAGGAGCUUUCCAUGGUGAAAGCCAACGACGAGCAGUUUCUGUGUGAGGGAUGAACCUUAACGUGGGUUAACCGUGGGGGACACGCGUAGGAUUCGUGCAAACUUUUUUUGGAAAAUUACAGAAGCACUUGCCUCAGUUUCGACGGAAUGGAAACAUCCAUCUCAGCAUGUCGUGUUGGUGGCUCACACAACCGGGAUCAAACGGGCAUUUCAUCCAGACACGAGUACACGACACGUCCACGAAAGCAGGAGAACCGGAGAAGGAAGCAGAGCCCCUUUCCAAAAUUAAACAUCCCUUUUGGCUUGACCUGGUCUUGUGCGGUCUGGAGCUCAUGGCACCUCCUAUCUUGGCUCCCAAACCCAAACGCCUCCGCCCUUUUAAAAGCUCCGGCCGUUGUUUGUCUCCAUCCCGUUCUCGAGAUGCCACGCUCGUUCCUCUGAAAAAGGCCUCCACCCAUCUACAUUGGCUCGUCGAAUCGCCGGACCAACCAGAGGGAGGCUCCCGAAUAAGAAGACUUCACCGGCGGAGAUCGGUCGCCAUGUCUUUCACCGGCACGCAGGACAAGUGCAAGACUUGCGACAAGACGGUCCAUUUCAUCGACCUCCUCUCCGCCGACGGCAUCUCCUACCACAAAACAUGCUUUAAGUGCAGCCACUGCAAGGGGACCCUUUCGAUGUGCAACUACUCGUCCAUGGAUGGUGUCCUCUACUGCAAGACCCAUUUUGAGCAGCUCUUCAAGGAGACGGGGAGCUUCUCCAAGAAAUUUACGCCAGGUGGCAAAUCUUCAGACAAGAACGAUCAGGCAAAAGCUCCAAACAAGCUAUCCUCUGUGUUCUCUGGAACUCAAGAUAAAUGUGCAGCCUGCCAAAAAACUGUGUACCCAUUGGAGAAGCUAACUUUGGAAGGCGAGUGCUACCAUAAGAGCUGCUUCAAGUGCUCGCAUGGUGGCUGCACCCUCACAACGUCCUCGUACGCCGCGCUCAACGGGAUCCUCUACUGUAAGAUCCAUUUCUCCCAGCUGUUCAAGGAGAAGGGCAGCUACAACCACCUCAUCAAGACCGCGCAAGAAAAGAAAGAGACCGAGGAGGCUGCAGCUGCAACAGCAGGGGCAGAGGCGGAGGCAGAGGCCAAGGACAAAGAGCCGGAAGUGCCCCCACAAGACGCAACAUAGAGAAAAUAUUAGGAGCAAACUAAAAAAAAAAGAACCAAAUAUAUAUAAAAAAAACGUCCGCAAUUUUCAGGUAGUAAAUUGCAAUACUUCCUUCCCUGCUUCCGUUUUUGUUCUGCCUCUCAAAGCUUGAUUUUUUGUCAAGCUGGACUUGUAUCAGCUGUUCACCUGUUACCUUGACAUGAAACUAUUUGGCUGGCAUAGCCAAAAAAAGUAUUGCUUUCCAUUGCAUGAAGAUUUCCAUUGAAUUCUAUGAGCAAAAAAAAUCUCUUCUAUA